GAGUGCCAUCAUUUCCAGAUGUCCAGCGAUAAAAAGCUCCCAAGCCGAGUCAUUGAUGUCGGAUCUAUCGAUGAACAACCAUUCUUACAUGAAACCGAACCGUCCAAGACUGGGGUAUAUCUAACCCUAAGUCACCGGUGGAGCGACCAUGUUCUGACGACUACCAAAGCAACGCUCGCUGAUAGGAAGAUGUGCAUCCUCCUGGAUUCUAUGCCACCUACCUUCUCUGACGCUGUUGUUGUGGCUCGAAAAUUCAAGAUCAGGUACCUGUGGAUUGAGUCGCUAUGUAUCAUCCAAGACUCAACAGACGAUUGGAUGGCAGAGAGCGCAAAGAUGUGUGAUAUCUACCGCGGGGCACUGUUCACCAUCUUUGCAGCAAAUACGCAUCCCACGGACGUACCAAAUCCGGGUAGAUGGUCUAUUCGCACCCAGAAAUGGUCUCGAAAAUAG